AUGGUUGCAGGACCGAAUGAUGAGAUAUUGAAUUGCACGGAAUGUGAUUCACGUGAGAGCGUCUCAGUGCACUGCAUGCCUCAAGUAAUCCCUCCAGGUGAUCCGUAUUUCCCGAUAACACUCCCAGAUGGACGACCGCGUUGCCUUCAUUUCGCACGCUCGCUUCUCGGACAGUUGACUCUUGGCUAUAGGAAUCAGUUGAAUCAGGUCAGAUCAGUCUCGAAGGAACUUUCCUUCUUGUUUAUUCCCCUUCUUCCCCAUGGAGCCCUUCCCUCUGUCCAUGAGGCAUUACCUCAAGGUGAUCAAGAGCAAGACUGUCGAUCGAAACCAAUAUGGCCAUGUUUCGUUGCUGGUGAUGAAAGGAACAGCCAUCAGCCUGCGUUAACAUCACUUCACACUGUAUUCUUGAGAAAUCAUAAUCAGUUAGCAGUGCGAUUGCAUUAUUUGAACCCGCAUUGGAUUGAUGAGAAACUUUAUCAGGAGGCGAGGCGUAUUGUCGGCGCACAGAUUCAGCAUGUGGUCUUCGGAGAAUUUCUUCCCAAAUUAUUGGGAUGGGAAUAUGCCGAUAAAGCUGGCCUUUUACCGCAGAGAAGUGGUUAUUAUAAAGGUUACAACCCAAAUUGUGAUGCGGCCAUUUCGCAACCUUUUGCAACCGCAGCGUUCAGGUUCGGUCAUACGCUGGUGCGACGUUUCUUCUCACGACUCGACGCCUCGUACGAAAACAGAACCACUCAUCCGGUUGACCUCACCGAAAAUUUUAAUUAUGUGCAAGCUGUUUAUGAUGCGAAACAAGGUGGGAUUGACAGCCUAAUAAUAGGAUUACUGGGUACCCCAGCGAUGGCAUUUGACCGUCAUAUCAGCACGGCGCUCAGGAAUCAUUUAUUUGCACAGAGGGGAGUACCACAUUCUGGGAUGGAUUUGAUCGCGCUGAAUAUUUUGCGGGGACGUGAUCACGGAUUACAACCUUAUAAUGAAUUCAGGUUGUUUUUACUACUCUUAACAAUUUCAUUCGCGAUUUUUCUUGAAAGUGUAUGA